AUGGGUACAUGUAUGUCAACACAUUCAAAAAGCAUUAGGCCAUGGAGGAGGAAAGGCCGUCGCAGAUUUUCCAAACACAUUUCUAAAGUCUCUGAUGCCAUCUCUCAUCCAAAGAUUAGACGGGCAAGUGAUGUCGGAAUCGAAGCCGCUUUCGAUGUUUAUCAAAACGAUGCUUGGUAUGAUUCGAUAAGUAUGUUUUCUGACUCGGAUGAUGAAUUUAUCAGCCUACAUGAAGCUGAUAAUAUUUGGUCAGAGAAUGGUGAAGUCGUUCAGUUUGAGGCUUCUUCAUGCAUUGUUGAUGCCAAAGGAAAUUAUGAAGAAUACCAUGAGAGUUAUUUGAAGAUUGAUAGCUGUUGUAAAACCGAAAAGUUUAUGAGCAAAGGUUCAUACAAAGAUCUUACUGGUUUGUCGGUUAUCACUGGGAACAACAAGAAGAAACUAUCGGAUCAUACUGUUGGAAGCUUCAAAAAUUUGAAGGAACAGAAACGCAACUCUCAAGAGAAAGCAUUGAAACCUAACUUGAGCCGGUUGAUACCAACGGUUAGUUUCAACGACAAGACUUUACACUCUCCUACAUCUCAGAAAAGAAAGUCUGCAGUUUACCGGCUUUCAUUCAAGAGGACAUCAUGCGAUGGUGAGGACGUCUUCGAGCAUAGGUCGUCCAAGAGCUUCUUAUACCGUCCAAAAGCUGGAUUCACGGUUCCUUGUUUAGCCAAAGAGAAGCAACAAUCCUCAGGAACUUGGUGUGAGAUACCACCUUCAAAUUUUAAACUUCGUGGCGAAACAUAUUUCAAAGAUAAACGGAAGACACCAGCUCCAAACCAAUGUCCAUACACUCCUAUUGGUGUUGACCUGUUUGUGUGUCCAAAGAAGAUUGAUCAUAUCGCUCAAUACAUUGAACUUCCCAACGUCAAAGUCGAGUCCAAGCUCCCUGCUCUUUUGAUUGUCAACAUUCAGUUGCCAACUUAUCCAGCCGCAAUGUUUCUCGGUGAUACUAAUGGAGAAGGCAUGAGCAUUGUCCUUUACUUCAAAUUACGUGAAGAUUACGAGAACGAAAUCUCUCAGCAAUACCAAGACAGCAUCAAGGGUCCUAAUUACUUUGAGAUUGACUUGGACGUUCAUCGGUUUAGUUUCAUAUCAAGAAAAGGGCUUGAGGCAUUUCGAGAUCGACUUAAAAAUGGAACUCUUGAUCUUGGCUUAGCUAUCCAGGCUCAAAAACAAGAAGAGUUACCAGAAAAAGUCUUAUGCUGUAUAAGGCUGAGCAAAAUUGACUUCGUUGAUCAUGGCCAAAUCCCAACGCUUUUAAUCCCUGAUAAAGGUGAAUCUCUUGAUUGA